AAACAAUACUGUGAACUAUACCUCCACCUUUCUGAUGUAAUGUAAGAUGUUUGUAUAAUCGUCCAAUAAUAGUGGUGCAUUAUGGGAAAAAUUCCCGAAUCCACCAAUCCAGAACUACAGGAACAGGAAUCCUCUGCAAUUUUAUCCUCUGCAAUGUCUUCUCAUGAGGAUCCAGACAGCGGAUGGAAAGAAACCACUUAACCUGUCCCCUGAUAAGACAUUACCAGGUAUUCAUCACUAGAUGUCCUCAUAAAUUCACCAAAUACAUUUGACACAAGCAGCCGAGGGGUUUGGAUGAGUCCACAUGCCAACAAAGAGGAGCAGCAACACAGCAAACUGCAGUGGAAACAGUCAAACGUCAUUGUUUCUGUGCAAAUAUGACACUAACAGUCUGCUGUAGUGGGAUCCUGGCCGCUGGCAUGGGGUACCACUUCUUUCAUGGACUCGCCAGAGCCACAUGUGUCCUCCUCCUCCUCCUCCAUCACUCCAAGUCUGAUUCAGCACUUCAACACCUACACACAACUAAGAAUAGAUGCAGGAUUCCACACCGGGACUGGAGAGAGGAGAAAACAGCGGAUCAUCACCCUGAUCCAUCCUCAUCCCAUGCAUCAAGUUUUUUCAGGAACUAAGUCGUCAUAUGGAGAAAACUGCUCUAAUUGGAUUUCAGGAAGUCACUUUUCAUGAAUCUACGCCUGAGAUUGUGAUUGAGGAUUUUAUGUCAUGUGUGAAACGGCAGAUUUUUUACACACAUAAACAAACCUGACAUCACACAUGACCUUUAACUCCUCUCAUAUGUGGAUUUAAUUUGGCUCCAAAUGUGAGAUCACUCCAUGGUGCCUCCCCCUCCCUCCCUCCCUUCGUCCCCCUCUCAUUUGAAUGUAGUUUCGGGGAAGGAUGGGAUGGCAAACAACUGACCGCAGUCAGUCAUCGCGAGCUGCGCACGGAGGCUGUGAGGUUUGGCCAGGCGCGCGCAGCGGCCGCCCGGAUCCUGAUGGAUUCUGAAGCACGGAGGAGAAUUCCGCGCGCUCCGGAUCCUGAAGACGCAGCUGGCGGGAUGAGCCGAGACAUUUACGCGGAGAAGGAAACGCGUGCCAAGGGCAAGCACGAGAUCUGACCUCUGUUGGGAUUAUUAUUUUAGGAGAGAGGGGUUGGAAUAGCUCGGAUGGAUCAAUGAGGAAUGCGACUGCCUCUGACUCGGUCCAAACGGGGUUGAUGAAGCCCUCGGCGCUGUCAUGCGUCUUGCCCCGCAGCCAAGCGCGCACUCCUUGCGGCUCCUAGCUGUCCUGCUCCUCACCUCUGGGGUCACCGCGUCACCGGUCAUCUCCACCGGCUGCCCGGACAGGUGCGUGUGCGAUGACCAGCUGGUGGUUCAGUGCGCGGGGCAACACCUGACCACCUUCCCGGUCAACUUGCCGCUGGCCACGCGGCAGCUCAUCAUCUCCAACAAUCGCAUCGUGGAGCUUCCGCCCCUUGCGCUCAACUACCUUUCGGACCUGGUGUACCUGGACUGCAGCAACAACUCCCUGACGGAGAUCUCCGAAUCCACCUUUGGGAAUCUGCGUAAACUGGCCUACCUGGACCUCUCGUUCAACACCUUGACCCGGAUCGAGGACAGGACGUUCGGGCCGCUGGCCAGUCUGGUUAUGCUGAGGAUGACUGACAAUCCCGGACUCUCGGUGAUCCACCCGGAUGCUUUUAUGGAAAACGAGAACCUGCAGGUGCUGGAUGUGAGCCGGAACAACCUGACGGCGCUCAACAUCACAUCCCUGCUGGCGCUGCCGGCCCUGCGCGCGCUGGGACUCAGCGGGAACCCGUGGAGCUGCGCGUGCGAGAACGAGGACCUGUGCCUGUGGAUCCACCUGGAGAGCUUCAAGUUCCAAGAUGAGGGCCAGACCGUGUGCGGCUCACCCGCCGACAUGCAGGGACUGCGUCUGGGCGAGGUGGGCAUCCAGCUACGGACGUUGUGUCACCAAUCUCUGGGCUCCUGGGACUACCUUUUCUUUGUCGCCAUCGGCUUUGUCAUUUUUGCCGCCGGCACGGUGUCUGCCUGGUUGAUGGGCGUCGUCAUGGUGCUUUACGAGCGCUACAUCAAGAAAAAAGACGAGCAGCUGGAGAACGAGGACGAGAGCGGCGAGGCGGCUCACCUGCCAAUCCCCAGAACAGAGCGCGAGAGCAGGAGUUUGAAAACCUCGCACAUUGUUUGAGAGAACCAGUCCCACCACCUCUGCCCGCCGUAGGACCCCUCAGUGCCUCAUGCCAUGCUCCAUGACUGUUUGUGGCGUCUUCAGUCGAACUGAAAUCGUUGAGCAGCCUCGGCUCUUAAGAGGAAAGAUGGAUCCAAUGGACAAAAGGAAUGUCUUUGUAUCGCUUUUCACUGAUGUAAAACUUUUUGUAUUUGCCUGGAGGGACGCCACACCCACAGACACAUAUAUGCAAAUGUAUCGAUAUGUUGCAUCCUGUGCUGUGUUGGAGUAUGAAAGCAUGUGAGAAAAAAUUAACCUUCCUAAAUACACUGAUGUUAGGAAUAAAUAUACAUUUUCAGGCCACGUAAAUUGCUGAAACACUUUUUGUCACCUUGAGUCUGAGGUUUCUUUAAUGCUUCCUGCCAUGAGGCUCAGUGUGCACACAAGAGUUGAUUUUAUCACAUCAUUGACUUCCUGUUUGAAGCUCGUCUGUAAAUGGAGCCAGGUCAGUUCACCAGAUGACCACUAGGUGGUUUGUAACAAAAGUAAGUUUCACAACAAGCUUCACAACACAAAUAGGCCUGGUUACAAAAUCUUUAUUAUUUUUUUUUUAUGUCUGUGAAUGGAUUUACUACCUGCAACACUUGUGUUUUAUGAAUUUUACAAUUUUUUAAUAUUUGAAAUUGAAUUUUAGCUUUUUGAGAUUUUUAUUACAAAUUGUCAUCAAAUCCAUGGCUUUAGAACAGCUUUAUUAGACAUCUAAAACUGUCAAGCUAGUGUGCUCCACAUAUUAAAGGUCAUAGUUUGAUGAUGAAAGCCAAGAUGGUGACGACAGAGAAGCUGCAAAAGCUUUAAAUUAGUCCAUCAGUGUUAGGGUAACAGAGCCCUGGAUGUGACAUUCAGAAAAAAAAGCAAAUUGUUCCCUUAAAUAAACAUUUUUUGCACACCGAAUAGCAUUUUGUGUGCACAAUUUAGUAUUUUUUUUUCUUUUUUUUUUGCAUUUUAUUAACAUUUUGUGCGCACAAAUUAGCAUUUUGACACAAAUUCAAAGCAGUAGGAGAUCUACAAAGCUGUGGACAUGACAUUCAAAAAAAGAGAGAAAAAGCAAAUUAUUCCCAUUAUGUCAGCAAAAUUUUAGGCCUAUUUACGUGCAAACAAGUUAGCAUUCUGUGAUUGCAAGUAUUUUUGUGGGCAAUUUAGUAUUUUAUAUACAUAAAUUAGCAUUUAUUAGCAUUUUGUGCACACAAGUUAGUUUUCUUCUGUGCACGUUUGCAUUCUGUCUACACAGGUUAGAUUUUUGUGGCACAAAAUUUGCAUUUUUCGCAUACAAAUGCAAACCAGCCGGAUAGCUAUGGAGCCCUGGACAUUACAUUAACAAAAAAAAAACCCAAAAGGUUCUUUCAAAUGAACAUUUUUUUAGCACAAAUUAGCAUUUUGUGGCCACAAUUAAGUAUUUUGUGCAUAAAGGUUUGUUUUUUUGUGCAAAAUUAGCAUUUUAUCAAAAGUUUGUAAGCACAAAUUUGUAUUUUGUGGACACAAUGUAGUUUCUGCUGCACAAAAUUUAGUGUCUUAUGAGCACAAAUUUGCAUUUUAUUAGCACACACUAGUGUUUUUUUGGACACAAAUUAGCAUUUAGUAUUUGUUUUGCAUACUUUAGUAUUUUAUGCGCACAAAUUGGCAUUUUGUUUGCUUUUUUGAACACAAAUAAACAUUUUAUGCACACAAGAUAGCUUUUUGUGUGCACAAAAUGCUAUUCAAUACACAAGAUACUCGUAAAGACAAAAUACUAAACUGUGCACUAAAGAUUUCUUUGAAGGAUAUAUACAUAUUUUUCUUGAAAUGUCAUAUCCUGGGCUCUAUAUAAUGACAUUGUACUGGACUCCCACACAGCAAAUUUUAAAUUGGGUUUACGUUAAUAAUGUUUAAAUAUAGGCUUAAAAACUUUAGUACCAAAAACUUCUGAUUUUUAUUUAUUUGCUUCUAGAUUUGGACCUUUCACAUGCACAGAAGUGCACACAGGAGUAUGGACAUUAAAUACUAAAAUAUGUUCUUAUGUGACAACAACAAGAACCAUACAAAUACAAAUGUUUAACUUCUAAUAUGAGAAGUCUUGUUGACAAAAACUGGUCUGGAAAGUAAAAUUGUCUCACAAAAGGUAAAAUAUUUCAUGAGUAAAGAACAGCUGAUGGUUCAGAAACUACAAGUUGUUUUUUUUAAGUGUUUACUUUGUCCGCACAAUUUAAAAUCAGUUCAGGAAACUCAUACUUUAUUUAAAAAUCACAAGAAUAAAAUGAUUUAAUUUAUGAUUGAACUAGCUGUGGAGGUUUGUUGGGGUAUAAAUGGGAAUGGACUAAAUAACUGACUUUCACUAACUUUAUUUUUUACUUUUAAGAGGUUUUGAUUUGGCAACGAGAUCUUCAAAAUAAUGGUCCAUCCAUAAUCUGUCAAUGUAUUUUUGGUAUGUUAUGAAUAUUUUUAAAUAUAUUUCUCUAUUUUUAAGGGUAACCAAUUACAUUUAUAUGUCGGAAUUUGUUAACAUUAUUAUUUAUUCGCAGGAAUAUUCAGCAGAGUUGUGGGGUUUAUUUUGAAAAUCCAAAAUCCUCAUCAAUGUUAACAUGUUUACAUGUGGACAUGAUCACAAAGCCAAAUAAACACAAGCACAAAA